CGGGAGUAAAUUAAUGAGGGCUACGUUGGUGUCUCAUCACUUGUUCGUUCGUUCUCUUUUAUAGUAUAGAGUCGAGCGAACGAACGCGAGCGAGACAAAAGAGAGAGAGAGAGAGGGAGCUACAGCCCGGACUAUGACUAUGUUCCUUCCCUACUCUCUCCAAAUUUCUCUAAUUCCCACGUUUGUUCUACUUCUCUCCUGUGUUUGAGAAUUCGGAGGCUGAUCUCUCUUUCUAAUUUGGGGAUCCGUGGAAUCAAUCGAACCGAGUAAGGAAAUAUCGUCAUCAUGUAAGCCAUUGCUUCAAUUAGGAGAUUGGGAUCAGGGUGAGUCGUGGGCUUAGCUGUUAGCCCUCGAAUUCACUCUCUUUUUCCUCCACAUUGACUACACUAUUUGGGUUCUUCAUUGCCCAUUGUUUGCAACGCUUGUUGCAGCGGAAGAAGUGAGUACUGUUUCUCUUUUGUGCGUAGAGGAAAAGUUUUUGAGGUUUCAAUGGAUAAUGUCUAUCGGCCUUACUUUGAUCCCGAGUACGAGAACCUCAGCCUUCGGAUAAAUCCUCCAAGGGUAUGUAUAGAUAAUUCUACGUGCAAGGACUCUACACUGGUUAAGGUGGACAGCGUGAAUAAGCCGGGCAUAUUACUGGAAGUGGUACAAGUCCUAACAGACCUUGACCUCAUCAUCACCAAAGCUUACAUCUCCUCUGAUGGCGGGUGGUUCAUGGACGUGUUCCAUGUCACUGACCAACAGGGGAAUAAGGUUACAGAUACAAAAACCAUUGAACAUAUAGAGAUGGCUCUAGGACCGAAAGGACAUAGUGUGACCACAGAUGGGGUGAAGACUUGGCCGGGGAAGAGGGUGGGAGUGCAUUCUAUUGGUGAUCACACAGCUAUCGAGCUCAUUGGCAGGGAUCGCCCAGGUCUUCUAUCCGAGAUCUCAGCUGUUCUUACCGACCUCCAUUGUAAUGUUGUUUCUGCAGAAGUUUGGACCCAUAACAUGCGUUUGGCUUGUGUGCUUUAUGUCAAUGACGACACCACAUGUCGUGCCGUGGAUGAUCCAAUCCGAUUGUCAGCAAUGGAGGAGCAACUCAAGAACCUCUUGGGUGGACGUGACGAUGGUGGAAAAGCAGCUCGAACCAAUUUUUCCAUGGGGUUUACUCAUAUGGAUCGUCGCCUCCAUCAAAUGAUGUUCGCAGAUAGGGACUAUGAAAUUGAUGUAGUGACAAAAGACACGGAUUAUGCUCCAUCUUUCCAGCCAAUUAUCACUGUUGAUCGUUGUGAGGACAAAGGGUACUCGGUGGUGAAUGUUCGGUGCAAAGACCGGCCAAAGUUGUUAUUCGACAUAGUGUGUACUCUAACAGACAUGCAGUAUGUUGUAUUCCAUGCCUCCAUCUCUUCUGAUGGUCCCUAUGCUCUACAGGAAUAUUAUAUACGUCAUAUGGAUGGUUGCAUACUUGACACUGAGGGAGAGAAGGAAAGGGUUGUAAAGUGUCUUGAAGCUGCAGUCCGACGAAGAGUAUGUGAGAAAACAAGUUUUUGGUUAUAUGUGAUGCAGGGGCUAAGCUUAGAGCUCUGUGCAAGGGAUAGAGUAGGGUUGCUAUCUGAAGUAACCAGGAUUCUCCGUGAGAAUGGAUUGUCAGUCAGAAGAGCAGGGGUGACAACAGUUGGGGAACAAGCAAUGAAUGUAUUCUAUGUAAGAGAUGCUUCUGGAAAUGCAGUCGACAUGAAGACAAUUGAAGCACUUCGUAAAGAAAUUGGACACACUAUGAUGCUCAAUGUGAAGAAAGUUCCUGCCAAUGCCAAGGAACCUGAGUCUAGUGGAUGGGCAAAGACAAGCUUCUUUUUUGGGAGUUUGUUUGAGCGGUUCUUGGCUUAACAUGACCGUCAUCCAAUUAACAAAUUGAAUGUAUGGUACUUUGAAGAUGUUAAUCACAAAAUGUGGAAAGGCAGUGCAUUUUCAUAGACUACUGCAGCAUAAAUUGUUCUUAAUUUAUGGUGUAUGGUAAACUAAAAGUAGAUUUAAUAUAUGUAUACAAACUAUUCUUUUGCCUGUAAAAUCUGAUUUUUAGAUGGCCCCGUUACAGUCUAAUAUGGAAGCAUAGAUAGCAACUAGGGAAGGCAAAGGAACAUGAACAAAUAUGGUCCUACCAUUCUUUUGGUAAAGUCAAUUCUGAUUUUUAAUAUUC